CCAACCCCGGCACAUCCCGGCCACGGCCUCGAGCUCCCUCCAGCUCCUGGCCCUGCUGGCCCUCCCAGGUGGGUCCCGCCCCUUUUUCCAGCUGGCCACACCCACUUUGAGGCCCUCAACCAAUCAGGUUUGUCAUCCCCAUGUCCCCCUGUCCCCGCAGGGCUCCGGGCGGCCGUGACCCUGCUGGAGUGCGGGGGGGACCUCCAGCCCCCCGGGGGGUCCCUGCGCCUCCUCUGCCGAGGGGCCGGGUUCGAUUUCGGGAGUUUUGGUGCACAGUGGAUCCGCCAGAGACCCGGGCAGGGGCUGGAGUGGCUCGCGGGGAUUGACAGAAGUGGCAGCGCCGCGUACGCGCCGUCGCUCAAGGGCCGGUUCAGGAUCUCCAGGGACAACGGGCAGAGCUCGGUGACGCUGACCAUGACCGACCUCCGGGACGAGGAUUCCGGAUCCUAUUUCUGCGGGAAAUGUUCUUUUGCUGGUUGCAAUUACGAAGCUUAUGGUACUGACGUUGGUUUCGGCCCUGCCUUUGCUCUUGGGAUCCCAAAUGUCCCCAGAGCCCAGACCAUGCCCCAAACCUCCCCCAUGGACUCAGCUCGGAAUCCUCUGUCCCCAUCGGCCCCAAGGGCCAGCACUGACCCCAAACCCUCGCCUGCUCCUGCCCCAAACUCAACCACUGGCCCCAAACCUUCACCCCCAGCCCCAGUUCUGGCCUCCUCCAAUCAGGGCUGGGGGAGCUGGGGGAGAUUGGGGUGAAAUGGGCAAAAAUUG